AUGUGGCCGGAGAUACGCUCUCCAGGUGCGGAUUACCAAUCCACCGGAGUGCAAGCUGACGAGGGCUCUGUGACUUUGCACAUGUAUCAGAAGUAUCAAGGAGAACUGGUAGCGGUGGGUCCUCAGGUCUAUCUCUUGGAUGAGAAGGGACACGAUUACGAAAUGUUGCAUUUGCUAAGCCAGGAGAUCAGCUUCGAGGUAGACGUCUCUAACCUCCCAUGCGGCAUGAACGGCGGCAUGUACCUCGCCGAGAUGGAGCCGUCCGGCGGCCGCGGUCCUCUUAAUCCUGCUGGCGCAAGUCUUGGCACAGGGUAUUGCGACUCUCAGUGUUACACAAGCUAUGCUUUUGUCAAUGGUGUAGCCAAUGUUGAUGGCAGUGGCACUUGUUGCAAUGAGAUGGAUCUGUGGGAGGCCAAUUCCAAAGCCAAUCAGCUGACGCCUCAUCCAUGCAGCAUCACGGGCUUCUACGCUUGCGAGGAAAAGGAGUGUGGUGAUGGCAAGAAGGGUGUUUGUGACAAGGUAGGCUGUAGUUUCAAUCCGUAUGCACUGGGUGCUCAGGAUUUCUACGGUGUGCAUGGCAAGGCGGACACCUCGAAGCCAUUUCGGGUCAUUACAAGGUUUAUCACUGAUGAUGGCACGAAACGUAGGAACCUAGUGGAGAUUCGAAGGAUGUAUGUGCAAGACGGCAAGGCUUUACCAAACGCCGAGGUCACGCUCCGCCGUGAGAAUUACAACCCUAUCAUCCCUUCAUACUGUCAAGCUACCGACGCCGACUCGUUUGCGCGCCAUGAGGGCCUCGAUAGCAUUGGGGGAGCACUACGACGUGGCAUGGUCCUCGUCAUGGGUAUAUGGAAUGAAGGUACGGACAAUCUAAACUGGCUGGAUGCUGGUGACGCUGGCCCUUGCAACCGGAUGGGAGGCAGUCCAACUGCGAUCAAGAAGAAUUAUCCUAAGACAUCCGUCACAUUCAGCGACAUCAGAUGGGGCGGCUUCGGAACCACGUGCUAG